AUGCACUACGCGGCGACUCCAUUCAGCGCGGAUCGUCCAAUUCCAGUGGAUCAUUAUGCCAACGAGCUCAACAGAUAUGUUCAAGGAAUCGUUCCAAACGCCACGAAAGAUCAAAUCAAAACCAUCGAAGCUAUUGCGACAAAUGUCAAAUCCAGCCAUGCUCACUUCCAACAAAAAUUGAAUUGUCAAAACAACGAAUUCGAGCAGAAACUGAAAUUGAAAGACAGUGAAAAUGACGCAUUGAGAGCAAAGCUUAAUCGACUCGAAAAAAAAUUUGAACACAUGGAAAUCGAAAAAAAUAUCUACGAAUACAACUUGGUUUGUAAUGAUCAAUACGAGGAUUACAUAUCCAAUUUGAAAGAUGAAUUCAAACAGCUCUCGUGCAAAACUGAGAAAGUUGAGGUUGAGAGAGACGACUACAAACGUUCGUGCUCUAUUUCUUCUGAGAAAAUCAAGAUGCUGGAAAGCCAAGUGGCUCGACUCGAAAAAACAGUCAAGUUCUUGGAAAAAGAUCCGAAUCAUUAUGAAUCAGCUAGUCUCAACACUCCAGACAACGUCAAGGAAUUCGAUGGUAGACUCUCAAACUGUAACAAUAGACCCGAAGUGCCAUUGGGUCGUAACACGGAACGUUUUUCCCAAAAUACAAAUUGGAGGGACUGCCGUGAAGGAAACACUGAUUUCGAUGGUUUCGAGAAAAAACAAGAUCUCGAAAAUGGGAAUCCGGAAAUCCAAAAGUUGCGAGCAGAUAACGCGAAUCUUCACAGAAUCAAUCGGUGCGCGGAGAAGAAGAUUGAUAUGUUGAAUGAAACCAUUGAGGCCAUGAAGAAGAAAAUCUCUCGCAGCUACUAA